UUGCGAACCGUGCCAGCUGGCUCCAGCGUCAGGCGAAACUCUUCUUUCUGCCAUCGUCUACCACAUCGCUAUCAAGACUUCUCGCCGCGACUCUGUCAAUGACUACGACGGCAACUUGAUUCCCAUCUCAUUUCUAGUCGACAGCACACGCACACGUACAGCAACGGUACCGAGUCUCGACCUGGACACAAAGCCCGGACAAGGCGCCCGAGUGUAACUCUAUCCGCCAAGAAACCCCCACGACAGAUAGCACAGCUAUGGGGGGCAGCUCGAAGCGCAUCUUCCAGUUGCUCUGGCUGGCCGCCGGUCUGCUCUUUGCCUUCGCUUUUCUGCGCUCCAUCGGUGCGCACGACCAGGCCAAGAAGUGGGCUUCCAGCCAAGUUGACAGCCUCGUGAACAAUAAUGGCGGUCGCAUCCCAAUGCGCGAGUUCCUGAUCAACGCCGAGGCAGUAUGGGCUAAGACCGUCCAGCAGCGUCAUGAUACGAUUGCUGCCGACUGGGGCGAUGCCUCCCACAUGCCUUUCUUCCCCGCCACGAGCGCCUCGAAGUACAAGAAGCACCCUUAUUCCAUUUGGGACUUCACUCCGGCCUCUUUCAGCUGUCCCCACGAGAUGGAACGCGUCGGCCGUUUGGGCGACGGUGGCAAAUGGGUUUGCGGCAUGUCACGCUAUGUCAAUUUCCCACGGAACCGCGAGUGUAUCAUCUACUCUUUCGGCGUCCGCGAUGAGUCCAGCUUUGAAAACGAAAUGCUAAGCCGCACGAAAUGCCGCGUUUGGGCAUACGACUUUUCCGUUGUCGACUUUGGCGAGCAGCUUGAAUCCGGCAACCGCGAAAGAGCCAGCUUUCUUCAGGCCGGUAUAGCUGGUAAGACAAACACGACGUUGAAGCCUCCUUUUUACAGCAUCAGCGACCUGAUGGAUAUGAACGGCCAUGAGUACAUUGACAUUCUCAAGAUGGACAUUGAGUUUGCCGAGUUCGAAGCCGUGGAGGGCCUUCAUAGGGACUUUCCCAUCACUGCUGGUGAGCUCCCGAUCGGCCAGCUGAUGGUUAAGAUCCAUUUAUUCGGCGGCCUGACAGCCUUCAAAUACCUUGACUGGUGGCAACGCCUCGAGUCUCGCGGUCUGCGCCCUACCUGGACCGAGCCCAACCUUCUCGCUGUUACACUGAACUUGGGCAACAAGAACCCGCUGCUCGCCGAAUACACCAUGAUCAACGUCCAUGACAGUAACAAUAUUUUAUUCGAUGGAAGAGGACUGUAAACAUUGCAACAGCGAAACAGAUGCCGUAUCGAAUUUGCCAUUAGCGAACGGAGUAUUUAGGGUGUGGUGAGUGCUGGGAGCGAAAAUUGCAUGGUUAUCGGC